AUGUUUACAAGCAAACUACCCACAUCAACUAGUGUUCGUCGGCCAACAAUUAACGCCGAUGGAUCCACAAGUUUCAUCGGCCUCAAUCGAGCCUCCAAUAUUCCGGUGUCAGUCCGUAAGGCCAACCUAUUUACCCCUCAAACGAAUCGAAGGCCUUUUAUGAGUGGGGCAAGCACUGCUGGUAAAUCUUAUACAUCGACAACGGAUAGAAAUCAACCAAGAUCUCUAAAGCCAAAUCCCGAUCGUGAUGAACAAAUGAAAAUGUUUGACCAUCUUGUAAACUUUCUUAGAUCCAAUGCGGACCACAUACCUCCACCUGAACCAAAGAAAUUUUUCGCCUCAGUUAGCACUUCAGAAUCAAGUAGAAUCUUUGAGUUUUUAAUAUUACGUUGUCAGCCAGACUUCAAAUUUGUCAAGUUGGAGACUAGUGUACCGGAAGCGCUUGCCCUACUAGAAUAUCCUUAUAUUCGAUCCGUAACUAGAUCAGCACUGUUAUCCGUCACAACUCGUAACGCGGCAGUUGGGCUUUUAGUUAUAUUUGAUUGGUUAAUAGUUCAGGCUGAAACUCCCGACGAGGACGAGUUUGCUGAUCUAGAAGACCCAGACGAUCCAGACGACCCUGAUCAGGUUAUUAACGAAUUGUAUAAGAAUGUUAACUUAUAUCGGGAGGGUUCAAGAGAAGCUAGUAAAGAAAGUUUUCAUAAGUUAUAUCCAAUCAUCGAACUUCAAUCUAUACAAGAUGAAUUGCUUCAGGUGAGCGAGGAAACCGUUAGAUUGAAGCAGUCUUUGGAGAACAUUGACGAUUUAGAACAUGAUCUCGCAUGUCGACAGGAAGAUCUCGUUAAGUGGAAAGAUUAUCAUGUUAAGAUGAAAGAUUAUAUGGAAAGCAAGCGUACUGCAGAAAAAGAAGCAAAUCAAUACAAUGCAAAGUUGGCAAGUCAAAAUGAAGAACUAGCAGCAAGAGUAGAAAAACUGGAUUUGGAAGUGAAAACUCAUAGAUUCAGUAUCGAAGACAUUGAGAUAGAUAAGGCAGCUAUCGCAAGGCUAGAAUCUAAACAAUCUCUCCUAUUGACAGAGUUGAAAGAUGCUUAUUCAGAUUCUGAUCAGCUUGAAAAUGAUCAUCGAAAGUGUUUGAAUGAGCUUAAGACGAAAACUAUACAAAAACUACAAGGAAUUCUUCAAAAUAAAGAAAACGAGCUGCGAAAACUCGAGUCUGAAAAGGAUUUUAACAUAUCUAAAUUCUCCGAACGGCGCGCCAAAGAGGAACAGAUGAGAUUGGAUGAGAGGCAAGUACUUAAUGUAGAAAUCUCAAACAUUCGCGGAGCUAUAGCUCUCAAACAAAAAGAAUUUGAAAAUGUCUCGGCAGAGAUCAAUGAAAUGUCUGCCUUACAGCAGCAGUAUCGUCAAACAUUACAGAAAAACAUACUCAUGGAGUCCUCAAGUAUUCUCGAUGAUACAAGGAAGUGCAAGACAGAAUUGUUAGCGGCUCUAGCGACCAGAGAAAAGGAUAACGAGGUUGUCAAGAGGUUUCUUAAGCGGUUUAGGCGUUUAGCAGCAAAUCAUUAA